GUAGUUAUAUAAAUUCUUCUUUUACCCAAAAAUGUUGUUCUGAAAUGUUUAUAUAUUUGAAGGUUUAUAUUCCUAUUUAAUUGCUAGAACCUCAGAACCUAGAAGAAACACAUUAAGGAAAAUAAUGGAAUCAUCUACGAACGAACGUAAUGCAUCUGGAAUUUCAUCGUACUCUGACAGAGAUCCGGGUAUGAAUGUUCCAUUGCAUUCUCAACAAAAUCUAGCUCCGUUGUCACCGUACCUAAACUUUGAUCCUGUUUAUUUGCCGCCAAGCCAACCCGAGUUUAUAUUCCCAGAAGGAGCUGCACGACAGCGAGGUAGAUUCGAGCUAGCUUUCUCUCAGAUCGGUGGCUCCGUCAUGACCGGUGCCUUAGUGGGUGGCACUGUGGGACUUUACAAUGGAAUAAGGAGUACAACACUGGCUGGCCACACAGGAAAGCUUCGCAGAACGCAGCUUCUCAACUACGUGAUGAAACAGGGAAGCGCAACAGCAAACACACUCGGUGUGGUAGCGGUUAUGUAUUCAAGUUUUGGAGUUCUGUUGUCCUGGGGGCGAGGAGUCGAUGACGAGUUGAACACUUUGACUGCUGCAACGGCGACGGGUCUCCUCUACAAGAGCUCAGCUGGACUGCGAAAGUGUGCGUUGGGUGGGGGCGUCGGCCUGGGGCUUGCAGCCGCGUACUGCCUGUGGUCUUCGCGAGACCAGCUGCAGAACUUCCGGUCAGAGUACAGCCCAGCGUAAGAUUGUUUCCCCUUGCAUAGACAGCUACUGUGUGUCGUGCAGAGCACUCACGUGAGGCAGACUUCUUUCGUUGACAGUAUUUGAUGGUUUUGUUUUGCCGUGUUGUGACGGUGUUGCCCAAAGCAUCUGCAGCCAUUUACACUGUUAGCUAGUGUUUCUGGAGUGCUGGCCUGCUAACUCUCACCGUUUUGGUUUUUUUUUUUAACAUUGUUUUACUAGCUGGACAUGCUGUAACACUAGUGAUCCAGUUGCCCCAGAAACUAGAAAAAAAAAGGCUGGUACAUAGACCACAAAUAUAGAAACCAAUUAGAAUUAGUGCAAAUUUUUGUUAAUUCACUGAUACAAGUUUGUGUUAAGUCUACAUUGUUCUGAUUGGAAAUAGUUUUGUGGGUAGCAAAAUAAAUGAGCUGUGAUACAGA